AUGGUCUACCUCAAGACCUGGACACAGUUCGAGAGCGAAACUAUCAACUUGUAUAACCAGUCACCACGGAAAACGCGCUAUGUGGUCAAGUUCGUCCCCAAGACGGGUGAGCUGGUGCUCAAGGUGACGGACAGCACGACAUGUUUGAAGUACAAGACAUUCAGCGCCAUCAUCCUCAACCGCUUCGAAGCCCUCAACCUCCGCCUUCUCUCGACCAUGGGCAACGUGCGCCGCCGGCCCGUCCUUACCGGUUCCCCCACUGGCGGAAGCAGCGCGGCGACUCCUGCAGCUGUCGAGGGUGAUGACCCGAUGCUCGGCGUCGGCAAGAGCAGCACUCCAGCGAGCCCCAAGCCUCAGGCUAAUACCCCUCAGGCCGCUGGCAAGGCUGGAGGAAAGAAGAAGAAGGGCAAGAAGUAG